AUGGAUGCCGGAGAACAAAGGCGCAGAUGGGAGUACUGGUGGUUUGCUCUGUGUUUCUUUUUGCUGCUGUGUUUUGGACGGCAGGUUUCAGCUCAGAUAAGAUACACUAUUCAAGAAGAGGUGAAAGAGGGAGCUAUUGUGGGGAAUAUUGCUAAGGAUUUGAGUCUUGAUGUCAAGACAUUGGUGGACAGACGAUUCCGUAUCGUCUCCGGAUCAAAUGACGCCCUUUUUCAGGUAAACCAGAACAAUGGCAUCUUGUAUGUGCACAAACGAAUCGACAGAGAGGAACUUUGUGAUGGUAUUGUUGCUUGUUUGAUAAGUCUAAAAACCGUGGUUGAAAAUCCACUUGAAGUUCAUUAUGUGGAAGUUGAAAUCACUGACGUAAAUGACCAUGCACCCGGUUUUGCUGAUAAAGAUGUGGUGUUAGAAAUAGCAGAAUCAACCCCACCGGGUGAGGACAUUCCGUUGCAGGAAGCACAGGACCCCGAUUUUGGCCUGAAUUCUGUUCGCUUUUAUAAACUGAGUCAAACCGAGAAUUUUGAACUUGAGCUUCGCGAGAACGGGGGAGACAAAAAAGUCCCAAUCUUGAAAUUACGUAAAAUGCUUGAUAGGGAGCGUCAGAUAAAACACAGUCUAACACUGACUGCGAUUGACGGUGGGAAUCCACCACGAUCAGGGAGUGUAAUUAUUAACGUCACAGUUCUGGACGACAAUGACAACAGGCCUAAAUUUAGCCAAGAGGUUUACUCUAUUACCUUGCAAGAAAACGCUCAUGUUGAUACUCUUGUCAUUCAAUUGAAUGCCACUGAUUUAGAUGAAGGCCAGAAUGCCGAAAUUAUUUAUUCGUUUAUUAAAAAUAUCGAAAGACUAGUUUACAACACUUUUAAUUUGAACAAUACUACAGGGGAAAUCCGAGUGAAAAGCAAUGUUGAUUUUGAGAAAAACGAUGUUUACAGAGUUGGUGUUAUAGCGGCAGAUAAAGGGCAACCACCGAAGACAAGCAACUGUAGAAUUAUCAUUAAAGUGAUUGACGUAAAUGACAAUAGACCAGAGAUAGACGUUACUUCGCUGUCUGAUGUCGUUCCUGAAGAUGCUAAACCUGGGACGGUGAUUGCGCUUGUUAGCAUAACCGAUAAAGAUUCGGACGUCAAUGGCAAAGUUGUUUGUAGAAUAUCUAACAAUGUGCCUUUUGAACUGAAGCCGUCUUUUAAAGAAAAUAUGUACUCUCUUGUGACAAGCGCAAAGCUAGAUAGAGAGCUUGUGUCUCAUUAUGAUGUCACAAUAAGAUCCACAGAUCUUGGUCAACCGCCUCUGUCCUCGGUCAAAACACUGACAGUGCAGAUAUCAGACGUGAACGAUAACGUGCCUGAAUUCCCUCGCAAUCCGUUAGAACUUUAUCUAAUGGAAAAUAAUCCCCCAGGCGCAUCAAUUUACUCUGUUAGCGCCAUCGACAAAGACCUGAAUGAAAAUGCUGCGAUAACUUAUCAAAUAAUUAGAGAAGAUGGAGGAAAAAGUCACAUUGCACAAUUCCUCAAUGUCAAUUCGGAUAAUGGAAAUAUAUAUGCGCUUAAAAGUUUUGACUAUGAAACGGUAAAAAAGUUUCAGUUCCACGUGCUCGCUACCGACUCUGGAAGUCCGUCUCUGAGCAGUAACGUGACAGUGAACGUGUUUAUUCUGGAUCAGAACGACAAUGUUCCGGUGAUCUUAUAUCCGGUCAGUGCUAACGGUUCUGCUGAGGGUGUGGAGGAGAUUCCCCGCAAUGUGAACGCGGGUCAUUUGGUGACUAAAGUCCGAGCCUAUGACGCAGAUAUCGGAUACAACGGCUGGUUAUUAUUUUCACUGCAGGAAGUUAGUGAGCACAGUCUCUUUGGUUUGGACCGCUAUACAGGACAGAUAAGGACCCUUCGCUCAUUCACAGAAACAGACGAGGCCCAGCAUAAACUGGUCAUACUGGUCAAAGACAAUGGGAACGUGUCGCUCUCAGCAACAGCGACUGUGAUUGUCAAAGUUGUGGAGCCCAAAGAGGCUUUUGCAGCUUCUGAUGUGAAAAACGCAGUAAAAGACGAGGAGGAAAACCACGUGACAUUUUAUUUGAUCCUCACUUUGGGCUCGGUUUCAGUGCUUUUUCUCAUCAGUAUCAUCGUGUUGAUUGUAAUGCAGUGCUCCAAAUCUACAGACUGUUCAUCCAAGUAUUUACAAGAGGCAAAUUACGACGGGACUCUGUGUCACAGCAUCCAGUACAGAUCUGGAGACAAACGGUACAUGUUAGUUGGACCCAGAAUGAGUCUCGGUUCUACUAUAGUCCCGGGCAGUAAUGGGAAUACUCUAGUGAUACCAGAUCGCAGGAGCAGGAGAGAUUCUGGAGAGGUAAGCUGA